UUAUUGAUUUGCUGGAAGCCAAGUACAUCUAUAAUAGAGUCGGUUUUAGACAUAGAUGGAUGACCCAAUCUAUUGUGCCAGAGGCUUACAUCAACAACAACACUAGAACAAGAGGCAUACUGCUGUUGAAUGAAUGUAGAACCAGCCAAGUCCAUUGCAUCCAAAACAUAAAGAUUGCUAAUCUGCUCACCCUUCCCAAUCAUCAAGCCCUUGAUAGGAUCCUUUAUAAAGCAAGCACCCAGAUCAAACAUUACUCUGUAUCCCAAAUCCUUUGUAAGCUGGCUUACACUCAGAAGAUUCAGCCUAAAGUCUGGUAGAUAUAAGACAUUUCGUAAUAUUAGAGAAUCAUGAAGUCUGAUAGUACCAAUGCCAACAAUCUUAAUACCAAGACCGGUUGGGAGAGUAACAGAAGUACUAACUGAAUCAAUGAGAUCCAGAAAAAGGUUUUUAUCAUGAGCCACAUGAUGUGUAGCUCCACUGUCUAUAAUCCACGUCUCUGAAGACAUGGCAUUCCUGGUUGCUUUCAACAUUCCAACAAAACAGAGUGUAGAGGAAGAGAAAGCCAUACCCGGGAGAGCUAUUAUUGUGCCUCCAGAAGUAUAAGCAACACAGUUCGCUUGCAUUUGUGGCUUGAGCUGAGUGUUGAAGUAAGCAAUCACACCCUCUAUUUGUUCUUUAGUAAGGCUGUUGACAACAUUAGAAACCGAGUCCACAAAUCCCGUCUGAGCAACAAUAGGUUUAGCAUUGUUGUAUUUCGGAGUUGAUGAACUUUUAUCGGCUUGUUGCUUUGGCUUGUGCUUAAACCCAACUGGAUAGCCAUGGAUCUUGUAGCAAGUAUCCACAGUGUGUCCGUUAUAACCACAAUGAGAACAAAUCGGUCUGUUCUGCUUAGGAGGAGCAGAAGAUUGAGCUGCAUUGACAAGAGGCAUAUCUGCAGUAGAUUGAUCAGGAGCAUUAACAUGAAAAGCAGUCGCAGUCAAUACUGGAGUGAGAUUUCUCUGAUUAAAAUCCUGAUCCAGUAAGUUAUAGAUCUCAGAGAGCUCAGGAACGUUCUUCUUCAUGAUGAUUUGGCUCCUGAUGACCGAGUAAGACUCAUUUAAGCCAGCAAGGAACUUAAUAACCUUCGCAUGAUCUGCUUUCUUCUCAGUUGUGUUGCAGCAGUCACAAUGAUGGCAAGUGUCAACACAAUUAGCACCCUCAAGCUCAUCCCAAAGCGUCUUUAGAGUGGUGUAAUAGGUCGCCAAAUCCAUAGAUCCUUGCUGUAAAGACCAUACCUGCUGAGUCAACUAAUAAGAGCGUGGAAGAUUAGUGAUGUGAAAACGAGUUUCCAGAUCUUUCCAGAUUUCAACGGCGUCAUUGAAUCGAAGUAUACUUUUGUAGAUCUGCUUAGAAACAACAUUGAGAAUCCAAGAUUUAACCAUAGAGUUGCAUCGAGACCAGAUCCGGGAAUAAGGAUGUGAUUCGAGAGGCCUAGCUAUAGAUCCGUCAAUGAAUGCUAGCUUAUUCUUAGCAUAUAAGGCAAUUUUUAACGCUAUGCUCCAGUUAUCAUAAUUCGUACCAUCUAAUACUUCGGAGAUGAUAGAGAGACCUGGAUUGUCGCCACUAGUGAGGAAGAAAGGUGAGUGAAUGUUAUCCAAAGGUAGAUCGACAGCGAUCGGAGAUACAGGCAACGUCGGAGCUGAGUCUUCCGGAAUAGGAACUCGACGAGCUGACGACGGAGCUUGUCUCGCAAUACGACGCGAUCUUCGUGCAAUCACCACCAUCUUCACAGAAUCAAACGAGAACGGUGAUCAGAAAACAGAGAGGAGAUCGAUCGAGAGAAUCAUCGAUCAAUCUGAGGUCAAAGAAAGAAGAAAAGAAACGGAUCGCUUGAGGUUUAAGCCUCAAAGCUCUGAUACCAUCUUAGAGUUGAUGAAACGAUGAAGAAGAUGAUCGUAACAAACUCUUUCUAUUUCUGUUAAGUGUUGAAAGUCAACAUUACAAAUGUAUUUAUAGAUGGUUUACACAACGGUAUACACAUAAUCGAACUAAACCGUAAUAAAUCAAUAUACUCUAAUAUCUAUCUAUUUGAUUAGAAGAUAACAAUAUGCCUAACAUUCACGAUAAACUCCUCCCUCAACUACCAUUCGAUUUUUCUUCUUCUGGCAGCCUUAAAUGAACCAACCGUCACUCCUCAAAUUGUAGUAUGCUUAUAUUACAGCAAUCUCAUACCAUGGGUGGAGUUGCUCUUAGUGUUGCCACUUACAAAUUAGCAUUGUUUUUUACCUUAUUCUUUCCUUGAUCCUUGCUUUUAACGUUUUUUUCUAUUUAGCUCUUAGUAAUGUAUUCUUUAGGUUAGCAAUAAAUUGUAUUAUUACCACAUGUAAAAUUCAAAAAAUUAUAUGCUAUAUCUUCACAUUCAUAUCCAAAAAUGACUAAUAUACAAAACCCAUUAAAAGCUUUCUUUUAAUAAAGUCGUUGAUUGUGUCUGGAAAGAAAAAUUGAUUCGUGAAAAAGAAUAGGGGUCUCGGCCCAAUAGAAAAAGACUUAUCAAAAUGAGCUAAAGAGAAUUCGGGUAAAACCCACCCGUUUAGAAAAUGGGUUGGAUCCAGAGCCCAACACAAAGGCGAAUAUCUCGUGAAACCAAUAAAUGCAGGAAGCGAAGAUCAUAAAUUUCAUUCCUCGAGCUAUCCCGUGAUAGCCAUAAUGACAUAGUGAACGUUUUUAUUAACCCAUCCAACUUUUUAAAAAUCAAUGUCGAUAUAUACACACACAGACUGUUUGAAUCAACAACAACAAAAAAUGGCACAUUAUGUCCUCUACUGCCAAAUGCUCCUUGUGUUCUCUGUUAUAUCUCCACUGGCCACUUCUUUCACCGUGAUCCCCUCCGACACGGUGGCUCCGUCUGCACUGAUCGACGGCCCACAAACAGGAUUCACGAUGACUAACGACGGCGCACGCACAGAGCCCGACGAGCAAGACGCUGUCUAUGACAUCAUGCGUGCCACCGGCAACGACUGGGCCGCCGCAAUUCCAGACGUGUGUCGAGGCAGAUGGCACGGGAUCGAGUGUAUGCCGGAUCAAGAUAACGUCUACCACGUCGUCUCUCUGUCGUUCGGAGCUCUCUCAGACGACACGGCGUUCCCGACUUGUGACCCGAAACGCUCUUACGUCUCUGAGUCCGUCACCAGGCUUAAACACCUUAAAGCCUUGUUCUUCUAUCGAUGUUUGGGCCGGGCCCCACAGAGAAUACCUUCGUUUCUGGGCCGCUUGGGCUCGAGUUUGCAGACUCUCGUUUUGAGAGAGAAUGGUCUUUUCGGUUCAAUCCCGGACGAGUUGGGCAAUCUCACCAAUUUGAAAGUGCUUGAUCUGCAUAAAAACAACCUCAACGGUUCGAUUCCUUUGUCAUUUAACCGGUUAUCCGGUUUGAGAUCGCUUGAUCUGAGUGUGAACCAUUUGACUGGUACGAUUCCCGGUUUGAUUCUUCCAGAACUAAACGUUCUGGACAUGAACCAUAAUUUGUUAACCGGACCAAUCCCAUCUACACUCUCUACCAGUGGUUCGUUGAUCAAAAUUGAUCUUAGCCAUAACCGAGUCACCGGUCCUAUCCCCGACUCCAUUAACCGGCUCAACCAACUAGUGCUUCUGGAUUUUAGCUAUAACCGGUUAUCAGGUCCCUUCCCGUCGUCUCUCCAAGGCCUAAACUCACUUCAAGCUUUGGUGCUCAAAGGGAACACUAAAUUCUCAGCAGCUAUUCCAGAAAGCACGUUCAAAGGGCUCAAGAACUUGAUGAUUCUGGUUCUCUCGAAUAUGAACAUCUAUGGCCCCAUACCGGGAUCCUUGACUCGGUUAAGCAGUCUCCGGGUCCUUCAUCUGGAAGGCAACAACUUGACCGGGUCGAUUCCUAUGGAGUUUCGGGGCGUGAAGGAUCUAAGCGAGCUGAGGCUAAACGAUAACCGCCUGACAGGGCCAGUACCGUUCGAGAGAGACACAGUGUGGAGGAUGAGGAGGAAGCUGAGGUUGUAUAACAAUGACGGUUUGUGCGUUAACAGUGAGAGUAACUUGGAUGAUGUCUUCGGUUCAACGUCCGGUUCAAGUGUCAGGUUGUGUGAAGGAGAAACUAAGAGACCUGGUCCUUCCGGUACGGUCCAGCAUCUAUCUGGAGCAGAUAGUGGCAAUGUUACGGCGGACGGAGGAGUUACGUACGUGUCACGCGGUUCCAAAUCAUUGGGCUGCUUUGGUCUAUAUGGAUUUCUUAUAUUGUUCAAUUUCGCGUAUAUGCUACUUUCUUGUUAGGGAAUGGAUUUAAAAUAAACUUGCUGUAAAUAUAAUCCUAUCCAAGUUUUUUUUAAAAAAUCCUAUCCAAGUUUACACCUUAAAACAUGCUUUUUCCCCAUUUGUUACAAGAAAGACAAGUUUCUUGACAUUACAUUAGCGAUUGCGUACACAUAAAAGAUUUAGCUCCAUGUCAUAGAUUGAGGGACAUUACAAUCUUAUCAAACACAAUAAAUGCAUAAUGCAGUAAAACUCAGUCACUCAUUUGCGUUGUACAUAAUUAAUGUCUAUAGCAAUUAGCAAAAUAAGACGAGGAAGUUACAAAACAUGGUAAAACAUACUAAUGUACAAGCAAAGGUGUCCUCACGAUCUCCCUCAGCCUGCUCCUUGUUCCUUUGGGGAUUCAAGUUUGAUGCUGUAUUUCAUGCCCACCUUGUGCUUCACUCCCAUAAAGUUGUUAUGUGCCCACCGGUUACCUUUUUUAAUUAUUUUUAUUGGACUGUUUUUCUUUUCCUAUUGGUUACACUCAUGAUCAUGAGUAAAGUAAUCUCCAAGGCAUAGUCACUCAGGUUUUUACGGAUCAUGUUUCACGUUAAUAAGGAAUUGGCAUGACUGAUAGAUAUCUACACGUGGGUCCUAAUAUUGGACGUUUUAUAUAGUUUCUUUGUCAUGUAUGCCUUGUAGCAUCAAAAGGUGAAGAGUGCUGUGCAUUACAGUAACGUGCACUAUCUGUCAAAACAGUAAAAACGUAAAGAAGUGGGGAUCUUUGAUUUCUAUUGUGAUUAGUGUUGAUGUCACUGUUAGAAGAGAGCACAUAAGCACAUGGUCAAGUCCCUCUCUUUCAACUCUUUAUGUCAAUUUUUUUGUUUUGUUUUUCCCCUCUAAUUAGAAAAGAAGAAGAAGAAGAGAAGAUGAUGUGUAUGAAAUAAGGCAGAGGAGAUCUUGGUAGUGAUUGUCCUCCAAAGAUUUGGUGUCCUUCUCUGUCUCUUUUGAAAUUAACCGCACGAAAGAUAUUUGUGAGGUGCUCACUCCUUUGUCUUUCGUUUUCGAACUUCACCAUCUUUUACCGCUGCUUUUGGAUAUGUUUACUCUAUGUUUAGCUGUUUUGCAACGAAGUAAAACAGAUUUUACACUUCAGCUACUCUUAACUAUUUCAGAGAUCCUGAAAAAAAAAAUCCCUAACCAACCAGAUCUCUCACUAGUCCUACAAGGAUCUAACCUCUACGAGUGGAUCUGACUUGACCUUUUUAUACUAAAGUAGAAUUUGAAGGACCAUAGAGUGCCGUGUCAUUUUAUAAAAGAUAAGACAAGUGUGUCAAUAGUAGAUGAAAUCAUGAAAGCAUAUUUGGUUCACAACUGACCACUGGAGACGAUAAUAAUUUCAUCUGACUGAUUUUGAUUUUGCUUCUUCAUCUGUUCUUUAGGUAUAUUUCUUUGAAUUCAUGUCAAAUAUACAACAGGAAAAUUUUGUAAAAGUAAUCCUAUUAUGGAUCACUACUCUCAUAGUGUCUUUUAUAGCCCUUUAUUAUUAUAUAGUAUAUAUUAAAUUUCCUCAAGGCUAACAAAUUAAUAUUUUCCUGUUUUGGUUAUCUUUUAUCGAAUAAAAUAAUGAUAAUUAAUCAUAGGUCCUCUUUAUGUGUAAUAGGAUUAUUCAAAAUUAAUUAGGGAGGGGAGGGAGGGGGGACAAACCAGUGGUUGUUGUUAUUGGUGAUGUGAUCUCUUAUCUCUUUGAUAUGGUGAGAACUAAGAAGUAUGUAGUAGUGCUGAGCUUAAAACGACAAAGGGAAUAUAUACCCGAAAUCUAAAUCCAACCAAUCACCUUCUGAUGAUGAUGAGAUAUAAUACAAAACUAAUUGAAUCAGUUUGAUUUAGAUAGUCAAUAUAUCAGAACAGGGUGCUAAUAAAAUUUUGGUAUUAUUACUCAUAUACUAUAGUAAAGUAAUGAUUAACAAAAGGAAAGAAAAAGAAAAGGGAAGUGGGAAGAGAAGAAAAAAAGGAUGAUAUGCAAACAGUGAGUGAGCAGGCAUAGGCGUGCGGUUCAACAGUCGAUAUAGCCACUCGUACGUUUUGAUCCUUCCUAAUAUCGAGUGGGUCCUCUUUCACCAUUUUUUUUUGUUUGUGGUAUAGUGUUAAUGAACUUUUAUUUUAGGGAAUAUAAUUUUACCACUGAGUCAUUUUCUCUUAAAAAAUAUAUUGACGUUCUUUAUAAUUUGAUUGUUCAGUUAAAGACAUUGAGUACAUCUCUAAUCACACUCUAUUUUGGAGAAGAUUUUUUAUCUCACCUAUUUUAUCUUCUAAAAGUAAAAUAGAAAGUAAGAUUAUUACAAUAAUGAAAGAAUAAUAUUUAUCAUUUCAUUUGUUAUCAUCACUCCAUAUUACUCUUUACAGUAGAGAGUAAAAUUGAACUUUGUUGGUGCGCAAAAAAAAAGAAUUUUGUCUUUAAGAUAAUCUAUUUUAAAAUAAUCUAUCUUAUUAAAUCAGAAACAUUACAACUUCUUUUAUGUAGAUUUUAAAGGUGGACCUCAUAUAUUUAAAUUAAAUGUCUCAUUUCUUAUACAUAAUAUGUACUAUAGUCUAACUUUACAUUGAUGUAUUUCCUUAAAUACAAUUCUUUUUUUUGUCCAUAUUCCAUAUAUAGUUUCACAUUUAUUACAUGUCGAUUUAAAUAAGAUAGAUAUUAAGAACACUAAAAAUAUUAAUCUUACUAGAAUUAUCCUAUACAAUUCAUUUUAAAUUGAUCAAUAUACUUUCAUUGGCCAUAUUGAUUUUAUUAGUACAAAUAACAUUAGGUAGAUAAAUCAUAGACACUUAAUAAGGAUUUGACUAUUCUUUAACUACCUUGGGCCUAAUCUACUUUCUAAAACAAAUAACACAUAGCUUUAUAUAUUGUAUAGAAUAUAGUAAUAUUAUAUAGUAUUAUACUUAUACAAUAAUACUAAAAACAAACCAAACUGAAAUAUAAUAUAUAUCGAAAAUGCUAUAAACCAUUACAGACAAAAUAUAUUAGACCUCAGGGAUAAAAUUCAAUUUCAAAUUAUGUAAUAAUUAUUUUAAAAAAUUAAACUUCGUAAUGUACAAAAAACAUAAGUUUUAUAUCAAAUUUUGUGUUAUAACAAAAAGACACAACUCGCGCUUGCAAAAUAUUAUUUUUACAUACGAAAGACAGUUUUGGUACUGUUUUUUAAACACAAAAUUGAAUUAUACAAACUCGAUACUACAAAAAACUAAACAAUACAGAAUACAUUUUAAAAAUAAAACCCGUGCGGGUGCGCAUGGUCUUUGCGAAAAUCAUAGAUAUGUUUAUAUAAUAUAUAAAUAUAUUAUGUUACACAUAUUUUCAUAUAAAUAACACCCCAAUGUAAGUUUUGUAUGAUAAAUAUUGAAAAUACAAAAUAUAGCACUAUAUAUUUAAAAUAAUAUAUAAAAAAUCUACUUUACAUUAUCAUAAAUUUUAAAAAUCAAAUUUAGUAAUUAAAUACAUUGCUUAUUUAAACACAUUAGUACACAUUGUUAUUUAUCAAAAUUUUAUAUUAAUACACUUGCAAUCAUGUAUAACAUUUAGUACAAAUAAAGAUAAAAAAAUUGAUUCCCGCUCGGUCGAGUGGGUCAUGAUCUAGUUAAUAUAUUAAAUUGAGAGUGCUUGAUUCAUGCCAUCUAUUCCCCACCAGAUUUUUUAAUUUCGGUCAUUAACUAUAGCUCAUACUAAUCUGUGUACUAGUGAAGAACAAAACCCCAAUUUGUCUACAUAUAAGACAUCCAUAAUAAUUAACCAUAAUGAAAUCACGAAAGCACCACUAGAAACACCGUCACCUUGAGUUACAUAUUGAAUAUAAUCAUCAUGAAUUGGUUGUUUUCAACUUUCAAGUGAGAUUUAAUUAGAAGAAACAAAAAAUAGAAAUAGUAGCUUGGGAUGGAAACGUACGAUGAGUGGGUGAUAAAUAAAUAAAUGCUAUAAAUACACUCAACGGCUUUCUCUCUUCAUCUAUUAUACACACCUACACGCACGAGUGAAAAGGAGAGAGAAAGAUGUUUGCAGUAGAGAAUGGGUUGCAGGGAGACCCAAGACUACAGGCCAUCUCCGACGCCAUUCGAGUCAUUCCUCACUUCCCAAAGACUGGAAUCAUGUUUCAAGACAUAACGACGCUGUUGCUAGAUCCAGUUGCCUUCAAACAUGUCGUUGAUAUCUUUGUAGAUCGUUACAAGCACAUGGACAUCUCUCUCGUCGCCGGUUCUUUCACCUUUCCCUCUCUUUUAUGUUCCAUUUGUCUACUAAUUGCUCCUUCUUGAUAGAAUCCGAAGGGAUCAUAUCUUCCAAUAAUAUGACACGAUUGAAUAAACAAUAGACAACUUUUUUAUGGAUUAA